UUUAUCAUAAUUCUUUAUUCAAUUUCAUCACAUCUACCAAUAUAGCUGUCUCUCUUUAACCUCCAAAAUAACAAAAGUAAGAGAGAGACAGAAAAUUAUUGUGUUUACAUUUAUUUUACGUUUUAUUUUAUAUCAAUGUAGUACAUAGAUAGCUAAACAGUUGGUUAUUUGUGAAAAAUUUAUUGUGAAUAAAACAAACAUGGCGCUGACAGAUGUGAAACAAAAUUAUGGCGAAUUUUUUGGCGGGAAGGAACCCGUCGAAUUAAUAUUUGAAGAUGAACAGUGUGUGGUGUUCGAUGAGAAAUUGAACAAACAGGCGCCCGUACAUUUCCUGGUGGUACCUAAGAAGGUGAUUCCGACGUUAAUGGAGGUGUCCGCGUCGGCUGAAGACGAAAAGACUUUAGGCCACAUGUUAUUAGUAGCGAAGGAGAUUGCUUUAUCUAGAGGUCUGGACAGGACCGGUUAUCACGUCAUGGUCGAUGAGCAGCAUAAUACUAAAACUUUGAAAUCUUUACACGUUUUUGGAAGAGCACUCCAUCACAUGCUGUGGCCUGUUGGGCCUGGAUGUAGAUUAUAGACAGUACUUGUUUAGGAUACAUUGUAAAUACUAGGAUUAAGUUAUAAUAUUACCUAGAUAUUAAUUAUCUUAGAUUUAUUAUACUUGUUACGAAGUGACUUGUGCUAAUAAGUGAGUCUGAUGUACAUGCUGUUGUUUAAGACUUGUAUGUUUCUGAAUGAGUGAU